AUGAAAAUGAUCGUGCUGCUGCUCCAAAUAUCAAUGAUAGUUUCAAUUCAUAGUAGAGCUGAUAGUGCUACUUCUGAUAUUAUUAUUCAACAUUUACGUCGAGCUAGCGAUGAAUGCUUUCAAGGGGUACAAGCAGAGAAUGGCAACAAUGAUGAUGUAUCGACUUCUUCUUUAGCAAAGGAAGAUAAUAAUCCAACAGCAGAUGCUGAUGAUAAACUCGAUGAGAUUCAGAGUCAAAAUGAUCCCAACUCAAAAGGCCACCCAAUAGAAAAGCAAUUUCAAGUCCUAAACACUGCUAAUCAAUAUAAAGAUGUAAUUUUACAACCUCAUAAUUACGUUCUGUUGAUCCUGGAAGUCAUCUAUUUGUGGGGAGCAAUUAGGAUUUGUGGUGAUCACCAGCUUAGACAGUUCUUAAUUGAAACUGAAAGAUCUCAAGAAUCAUACAUAUCCUCUCUACAAGUAUUUAUGCUGGGUAUUUUACAUUUACAACUACGAGAUAUUCAGCUGGCUGAGCAGUAUUUGAAAGAAGCAGUUCGUAUCUCCAAGAAAUCUCGGCAAGAUAACUAUAUUGCACCAUAUGCUACUUACGAGUUAGGAUUACUAUUAACCGAACAUGCACAGGGUGUCAGUCAAGGAAAAUCACUUUUAAAUCAAGCAAAGCGGCUACGACCUGGAAAAUCGAUUACAUUUUAG